AUGGCAAGCUCUGAGCAUGCGGAGGCAAGGCCCAGUCUCUCACUUCCCCACGGCAGAGGCCAGAAUCUGCCCGCCAAACACAAACAGGGCAAACUGCGGGACCAGGUUGGUGACGAAGGCCAGGCCCGCCACCCCCAGGAAGGCUAUUUGCUGGAGGGGCAGCUUGCCCUCGCGCAGCCCCUGCACCAGCUGCCACCCAGCUCCCCCGGCAAAGGCCGCCACGGCCCAGUGGAAGCCGAAGCCGGAGUAGAUGGCAAACGCGAGGGUGGGCAGCCAGAGCAGGGUGGGACCCUGUGA